AUGAAGAAGGAUCAAUUGGUUGAGUUGUGGAUCGCAAAUGGCUUUAUUUCUUCUAGAGGAGGUAUGGAUUUGCAUGAUAUGGGCCAUGAUAUAUUCAAUGAUCUAGUUUUGAGGUCAUUUUUUGAGGACAUCAAGGAGGAUGAUGAUGGAGAUAUAAGAUUUAUGAAAUAUGAGUGUUGUUUUAUUGAACCUAAUAAAACAUUGGAAGUUUCCAAAGUGGUACGUCACUUGGCUUUUUAUAGUGCUAACUAUGGGCCACCUAUACCUAGAAACAAGGACCUCCUCAAAAUUCGAUCAUUGCGUUCAUUUCUUGUGUGUCCUCUAAUUGAUGAUUUUCUUCCUUUCUUGAUUAAACAGAAGCAUCUAAGAGCCUUGCGAUUGCGUAACACCUUUGAAAAAUGGCCUAUUUCAAUUGAUAAAUUUAAACAUUUAAGAUAUUUAGAUUUUUCUCGGAGUGAGGUUGGAUCUUUACCUGAGUCCAUAACCUCCCUCCAAAAGCUUCAGACAUUAGAUCUCCGUUACUGUUAUAAUCUCUCUAAACUGCCAAAUGGUUUGAAGCACAUGAAAGAUCUCAUAUAUCUUCACAUCACUGGAUAUCUUCACAUCACUGGUUGUGAUGAGCUUACCUGUAUCCCUCCUGGAAUAGGACAAUUGACUCGUCUGCGAAAGCUUAGCAUGUUCAUUGUGGGCAAGGAUGCUGGUCAGCAGAUUGGGGAGCUGAGAAGCUUGAACCUUGAUGGCCAGUUAAGCAUCAAAGGUCUCGAUAAUGUGAAGGAUUUAACAGAUGCUAGAAGUGCCAACUUGACUUCGAAGAAAAAUCUCAAAUGGCUAGAGUUAAUAUGGCAACAAGGCAAUGGCAACAACAGCUCAACAGAAAAAAUUGAAGAGACUUUAUGUGGCCUCCAACCACAUUCAAAUGUAAAGAAGUUGAGUAUAGAGGGAUAUGAAGGUUCAAGGUUUCCAAAUUGGAUGAUGGAGUUACAAUUACCAAAUCUAGUGGAAAUCUCAUUAUCGGGUCGUAGAUGUGAACAUCUUCCACCACUUGGGAAAUUGCAGUAUCUUAAGAUUCUCCAUUUGUCCCACAUGGAUGUUUUGAAGCACAUUGAUAAUGAGGUAUAUGGAGAUGAUGAAAGUGCAUUCCCAUCUUUGGAGAUCUUGCGUCUUAAUAGUAUGGAUAACUUAGAGGAAUGGGCAACGGUUGCUGAAAGAAACAUUUUUCCUCGCCUUGGAAAAUUAUACGUGAACGGCUGCAAGAAGUUGGUUGACUUGCCGGUCAUACCAUCCGUCAGAACAUUAGAAAUUGAGGGAGAAAGUGAAAUGUUACUUAGUUCAGUUCAGAAUUUUCCUUUUCUCACUACGCUUAGGAUAGAUGGCUUUGGUAGUGUGAGAGAUUUUCCCGCUGGAUUGCUACAUAAUCAUAGAGUCCUUGAGAACUUAGACAUAGUUUCUAUGAAGAGUCUGAAGUCGCUUGCAAAUGAGUUAGAGAACCUAUCUGCUCUUAAAGUCUUGAAUCUUGAGCAAUGUUAUGAACUAAAAAGCUUGCCAGAAGGUCUCUUAAAGCUUAAUUCUCUGGAGAAAAUACGCAUAUAUAAAUGUGGCCUUGUAUCUUUCCCAGUCAAUGGAUUUCGUGGUGUGGCUUCACUUUCACUGCAUAUCGAAGGGUGCAAUAAAUUUACGUCUUUAUCUGAGGGAGUGCGAUAUUUGACUGCACUUGAGGAUUUGGAUGUACGGAAGUGUUCAGAGCUGAAUUCAUUGCCUAAGAGUAUCAGCCAUCUCACUGCUCUCCAAAGUCUGACAAUUGGUGGAAGUAAGAGAUUGUCUACUUUGCCAAAUGAGAUAGGAAGUCUAACCUCACUUCAACAGUUGCUGAUCGACAAUUGCCCUGAUUUGACUUGUUUGCCGCAAGGGGUGCAAAAUCUCAAGAGGCUGAGACUUUUGUGGAUUAGCGAUUGUACAUAUCUUGAGAGGAGGUGCCAGAUAGAAAGAGGAGAAGACUGGCCGAAGAUAGCGUAG